CAAAUACAAAACAUUCCGGGCUUCAACUUGGGAAGACGAAGAUUGUUCUCGCAAGUUACAAGCUGGCAUCUCUUCCAUUCCGGUUCAAGGCUGGUGGCGACGGAAAAAUGUCUGCUGCCGUGCACUCGCACCGGCCCACGACGAAAGUCACCCACAAGCCAUUCAAAUCCAAGGCCGCCUCUAAGCAUGAGCUGAGGGAUCGCGCAAAAGGCCGUGUCCCUAACGAAAAAGGAUCGCGCAAGACUCCCCAUCAGCAAGUCAUGUCUAAAUUCGACCGACGAAACCAGGCGAAGCAGACUCGCCUGACGAAACACAAGGAGCACCUGAAGGAGAAUUCCAUCUUUUCUGGAAAGGACGCCGCCCCGAGAAUUGUUGCCGUCAUCCCCCUGUGCUCCGAUGGCGACGCCAAGGCAGCUAUUCAGUCACUCAACAGCAGCCUCGAUAUCGAAACCGAUCUCAGCAGCAGCAACUUUCAGGUGUCGAUUGAUCGUUUCAAGCAGAAGCUGCAAUAUGUUGCCCUUGAGAGAGAUCUUACCGCCUGCUUGGAUGCCGCCAGCGCCGCUGAUUUCGUCGUCAUCGUCCUCUCAGCCUCCGUUGAGGUUGACCAACUAGGAGAACUCAUCCUUCGAAGCGUCGAGAGCCAGGGCUUGUCAACACUGUUUACAAUGGUUCAGGGUCUUGACAAGAUUGAACCUGCAAAGCAGAGGCCUGGCGUUAUGGGCUCGCUCAAGUCUUUCAUUACGCAUUUCCACCCCGAGCAAGAGAAGCUCUACAGCGUCGAUAACAGACAGGACUGUGCCAAUCUCAUGCGAUCUCUGUGCAGCACAACCCCCAAGGGUAUCAGGUGGAGGGAUGAGAGGAGCUGGAUGCUGGCAGAAAGUGUCAAGUUUGCGUCAAACGACUCUGAAUCUACAGUCAUUACCGGAGUGGUCAGAGGCAAGGGGCUGAAGGCGGAUCGUCUCAUUCAGGUUGGUGACUGGGGCACAUAUCAAAUCGAGAAGAUUGUUGCUGCCCCUCUUCCCAAAAAUAUCAAGAAGAAGGGCGAGGAGGUAUCGAUGGAAGCUGAGGAAGAGAAAAUCCUGGAGGAGCCUUCUGCCGACCGGGAUGACUUGAACGAGCUUGCUCCCGAAGACGUCAUGAUGGACGCCGAAGAUGACGCCGCCAUGUCAGUUGCGCCUUCAGAAAAGAAGGGCGUAUUGCUAGACGAGCACCACUACUUCUCAGAUGAGGAAGAUGAAGCGACGGCUGGAACCAAGAAAGUGCCAAAGGGAACUUCAAAAUACCAGUCAGCUUGGUAUCUGGAAGAUGUAUCGGACUCAGGCUCUGAUAUGGAAGACAUGGAGAUGGAUGAUGAAAAUGAUGAAGAGGAGGAAAUUGGGCCUGAGGACGGUAUGGAGGGUUUUGCUCAACCCGAGCCUACGGAGGCUGGUCCUUCGGAGUACCCCCAGUCUGAGAUGAUGGAGCCGGAUGAGGAAGAAGACGCCGCACAGCUGGAGCAGUACCGAGCACGGAAGCGGGACGAGGUGGAGGAUGACAAGGAGUUCCCCGAUGAGAUUGAACUUCAUCCUAAUGUUCUGGCUAGAGAAAGAUUAGCCAGAUACCGUGGUUUGAAGAGUCUCCGAACCAGCCCCUGGAUGGAAGACGAGGAUCGAGCUCACGAACCGGAGGAAUGGCGUCGUCUCCUGCAGGUUCCAGACUACAACUCUUCGCGAUCAAGGGCUACACGUGAGGCUUUGGUUGGAGGAGUUCAGCCUGGCACCCGCGUCCACGUCUACAUUAAAGGCAUCCCUGCCACUGCAGAGCAGUCCUACAAGCCUAGUUCUCCAGUCACCCUUGUUUCCCUGCUGCGACAUGAGAACAAGAAGACUGCUGUCAACUACUUGAUCAACCUCAGCUCUGAUCACACUUCUUCCAUCAAAUCCAAGGAAGAGCUGAUUGCCCAGUGUGGUGCCCGGCGAAUGGUUAUCAAGCCCCUCUUCUCACAGUCUGGCUCGACGCCAAACGAUGUGCACAAGUACUGCCGAUACCUCCACCCCGGCCAAUCGGCUAUUGCCACCUUCAUGGGACCAAUUACAUGGGGUGCUGUCCCGGUCCUGUUCUUCAAGCGAACCGUCUCUGGCGAGGGUGCCGCGGAUGAGGACACUUCAGCCGCUGGCAUGUCUUUGGUUGCUACUGGCACAGCCCUCCCGCCAUCGACAUCUCGCGUUGUUGCCAAGCGGGUCAUCCUGGCUGGUCACCCGUACCACAUCCACAAGAAGAUUGUUACCAUCCGAUACAUGUUCUUCAACCGCGAGGAUGUGGAGUGGUUCAAGGCGAUGCCGCUGUGGACUAAGCGCGGACGCAGCGGUUUCAUCAAGGAGCCUCUGGGAACUCACGGUUACUUCAAGGCAACGUUUGAUGGUCGCAUUAAUCCCCAAGAUUCUGUUGGCAUUAGUUUGUAUAAGAGAGUUUGGCCGAGACACGCCGUUCCUGUUACUGGGUCAUUGUUGGAGGCUGGCGCUGCUCUGGAGGUUCACGGACAGGAUGAAGAUACCAUGAUGGAGUAAUGGAACUCCCAGAAAAGAGACAUGGCAUGUUUUAGAGUUUAUGAAUAUUAUGACUGGUUUUCUAUCAUU